UGCUGCUACCUCAAAAUGGCGGAAGCUCACACCACUGGAGCUGGUGACCAAUCUAUGUCAGAAGACGUCAAGAAGUUGGAGUUGGAGGCUGCGCAAGGCAAUGAUGACAGUCAGUUUAAACUUGGCACACACUUCCUGAAACUUGCUGACUCCAAAGAUGGCGCAGAGAGAGAUGAAUAUGGAAGAACUGCAGUCCGUUGGUUUGUCGCAGCAUCCAAGCAAGGAAAUGAUGAUGCCACCACCAAACUCAAGGAUUUGCUUGAGGAUGAAAGUUCAUGGAUCAAUGAUGACAACAAAGAGGAUGUCAUCUGGUGUGCGUCCACCUCCAACAUUGAGAAGAAGAUCCGCUACGCUGCCAGGAACAUGUUUCACAAGAUCAAUACCACCCAAAAAGAUAUGCUCUCAACUGAAGAGUAUGCUGACGCUAUCAAGAAAUUGACCGGAGGACAUGAGCAAAAGUUGCUUCUAGCUGCUGGGAAGAAGAUAGGGGACAACAUAUCGGAGACAGAAUUUGUAAAGCUUUUGUCACGAAAGAUCCAGGGCACUAUGACCUUGACAGGGUCAGAACGGUCAUCGGCAUUUCAAGCUGCGAGUCUUUGGGAAAAGAUUGCAAAGUACCCCAAGGAGACAGCUUCUGCUAUUGGUGAAUCCGCCCUGGAGUUUGCGUCAAGGGACGGGCUCGGUAUGGUUGCUGGAUGCAUACCCGUAGAUCAGAUCUACUUCUUGGCCCUUUUCUUCAUCUAUGGAUUCAUUUCACCGAAAUUUUUACUGCUCAUCUUGCCUUUGGUGACUUUUUACAUAUCGUAUGCAACGAUUAUAAUCACAACAAUGCAAAUGUUCUACAAGAAAAGGACCUCCGCCUUGGCUGAAAUGCUGAAACAGUAUGAUGUUGGAGUCGACGUUGAUCAAACUCAGUCGCAAUACUCGUGGAAUUCUCUUACACCAUAUCUGGUGUAUUUUGGUGCUAUUCCCAUAGUUGUGGCGAGCUUUUCACUGGCUGACAAAAUGUAUAUCCCCUGCUCUGAGCUGUGUGUUCUAAAUGCCGUGAUCUGCGGCAUUUGUUUUGUAGCAAUUAGUGAUAGCCAUGAUCUUGUCACCUUGCUUGCGCUUUUCUGCAACUUUCUUUCAAGCUUGCCAGUUUUCCUUCAGAAUUUCCCAAAAGUCCCAGUUUUGACAACCAUUAUCAAUGUCUUGUCAGGAAAUCUGUUUUCUGUAGAUCUGUACGCUGGCUUGAAAUUAAAUGUUGGCAUACCAUCUAUUUGUUACAGUCUGAUUCCUGUUUUCUUUAUUCAAAUGGCGAUAAGAAAGUCCUUCUCUGGUAUGUACAGGUUAGCUAUACCGCAUUUGGUGUGCUAUUUCUGGUUUGAGCUGAUAACAACGAUGUACCCUUUCUCGACAUGGAUCGGCCUCGGAAGAGCUACCGUAGGUUAUGUCAUGCUUCCGUUAUUAAUACCUCUCAGCUUUAUUCUGUUUCUGAUUGGCUUAGCUUAUCUCUUCAUCAAAAUGCUUUCGUCUGACAUGUUCGGAAAGAUUGUGAUUACGCUUUUGCUCGCUUGUAUUCCGAUUUUGCUUACCCAGACAAAGAAAUUCAUGGGUGGUAAGUUUGAUAAACGGUUUGGAGUGCUCAAAAAGAUUUUGAUGAUUAUGUUCGCAAUUCUGGCUAUAAUUCCCCUGAUAUUUGUUCGAUUUUCACCAACUGAAGAAGCUCACCAUGGGAAACUGUCUGCGGAGAGUUUUACGUCUGUUUGCGACGCAGAUAUGGAGAGUUUUAUGAACUGCCAUGCUCUGAAGGGUACAAAAGUUGUCUGGAACGGUAAAGUGACUACCUUGAAAGUCACGUCCAUAACAAACGAAGUCAGUUCAAUGUUAGAUAUUUUCCCGAGCUUUGUCUCCAAACCUUUAAGAGGCAUUUACGGCAAACCAUAUGAUUGUGAUGAUGAAGAUUUAAAUGCCCAUGGUAAAGCUUACUGUAGUCUGAUGGUUGACCUUGGCUAUCUGUUUGGCUUAGAAAGUUAUGACAAGUAUGCAUUUAACAUUGGAGUAGUACUUCAAAAUAACAUGGGUGCGGUUGUUGAUGCAGGAUCUGGCUUUAAGAACACAUUUCUUGCUAUUAAAGAAGGGGAUGAAUUGGAAAUCAAGGCUAUUAUAGCUGAUGCUCUAGCGAGGCCCGUGAAACUCCACCUCAAGAAACUUAAGUGCCUGAAUCGAGAGAUUAAUAUAGAGGAGGAUGAAGAGGAUGAUGAGGAUUUGUAUUACAAUAUGUUCCAAGAGGCUUUCAGUGUGGCGUUCAAUUUCUUCUGGCAUCCUUUGGUAGAGUUUAUUCCUCAGACAACUAAAAUGGAAGAAAUAAUUGAAUAGAUUAUGGUUUGUUUCGGAGGAUUUUUAUGUCCAAAUAAAUUUUGAAAAACUAUCUAAAAAAUUUCACUUGUUUCUUUGUGAAUCACUAAAUAGGUGCAAUUGGGUUUCUUUUAACUUUCAUCAUAGGAUAUAAUUGAAAUAUUAUUUGUGUUUUAAGCUCUAAACAAUUGGUUCAAUUCUUGCAUUCUGCUGAAUCGUACAAAGUGAAAAGUGAUUCUUUUUUUGCAGACUAUUGCAAUGGUAGACAUUGUGGUUGAUGUUUCAUUGCUUGAUAGGUAGCGGCAUACUGUAAAUCAGUGAUGACAAGGGAAACGGUGUGUCCCAUUCCUCUUUUAGGAAUUUCUUAGUCUUAAGGUCUGAUCUUGAAUUACGUUCUUGAUGCACUGUGUAUUUGUAGUCAAAUGACGUGUCUAUUGUAUUAAAUAGAGAUAGAUAGAAAUAUAAAUAUCACAAGUAAGCGUAUAUACAGCCUGUUUAUUUAUUUAUAGGGAAAAAAUGAUUGAAAAAAUAUGGUUUGGUUUUGGAGGACUUUUAUGUUCAAUUUAAUUUUGUAUGAAGAAGGAUUUUUGGUAUUUGUAAUUGCUUUCCGGUAAAACAAGAAUAUCUUCUGUCUCAAAGUUUCAAAGAUAAGAUUAUUUGUGCAUCUAUAUUAUUAUAAACCUUAAUGGGGAGAAUUCAGUCUUAUAGUUUGACGUAAACGGGAAUAACAAUGUCAGUGUGUGUAUGUCACGUGAUAAAUUACGUCACAAAUACUUCGUCGGAAGGCAAUAUUUUGCUUCAAACGAAUACUUAAAACAAAGAUACGCCCACUUAGCCAAUUCUUAACAAUUACGAUUUUAAUACUGUCAUCUAACUAUAACUGAACUUUUUGCUGUCUCAUCUGUGUUAGUAAGAUAAUUAUUGGUGCAACUUAUAAUAACUAAAUUGUAUCAAUACACACGUGUAAAAAAAUUCAUUGACUUAUUGUUGACACUGUACUGGAACUACAGUAUAAAUAUAACCAAAUGAAUGAGUUAAUUUAAACUGUUAAUGAAUUGUUAUCACUCUGAAUAUAUAUUUUUUGUUAUCAUAUUUUGAAGGUUGUAGCUCAGACGAUAUUCUGUGAUAGGAUAAUUUUACGAAGAAUUUAUGUACUUGUUAAUAAGACAUUGAACAAUAGCGGAUUCAUGGGAGAGGGGUCGAAUACCAAAGGGUUGUGCCACAUAAGCCACGCCCCCUCUUACGUCAGUUCCUGGAUCCACCCCUGAUUUAAAAGCAUUUUAUAAUUGCAUUUUAUAAAUGUGUCCAUUUUGUUCUUUGUCACUUAAUUUUUUAGCACUACAUAUUUACUCUAAGUGUAUUUUGUUCACACUAUGCAAUCAUGUACUGUCUGUUAUAUUUUUCUUAAUACUCGUUUUCUACUAUUUGCAAAGGCUGUACAUAUAUUUAAUUAUAAAAUAUGUUAUUUUUACUCUGUGUAAUCCUUUUCUACCUUUUAUGACAUUCUUAUUUACUGAUAUCAUAUACUCUAUAUUGUUGUUGGUGUAUUAUAUUCUGUAGAUCUAGCGGGGUUAAGGAUUGUUUAAGGAUUGUUGGGGUGUAUAUUUAUAUUGUUACUAAAGAAUAAUUAGUUGCGAAACAUGACACGCAGAAAUGGAUCAUAUAGUACAUAUAACGAUUUAACGUAAGCAAACAAUAUGACACCACAGUUUCUUAUUACUAAAGACAGAACAGUGGUUUCUAUGUGGCAAAUAAGGAGAGGCCUCCUUGUUUUUGAACCGCUGGAAGGGUUUUUGAAAUAACUUUUAAGUUCAUACUUAGAGGUCAAACAUAAUUUGACUACAGUUCGUGUGUGUGUCGCUCCAUAUUUCUUAACCCAUAAAAGGAUUUUGAAAUUACUCGUUGCAAAUGUUCACCAUAUUGGGACAUUGUGCUGAGAGCAUGUUACAACCAGCUUGGGCUAAGGUCAAGGGUACACUUAGAGGUCAAAGGUCAUAUGACUGCAAUUCGUUUCUGCUCCAUAUCUCUUGAACCUCUUGAAGUAUUGGAAAUAACAGAUGUUCACCAUAUUGACAUGAUGUGCAGACGGGGAGACAUCAGUUUUUCAUUUCAAAAUACAAUUGUUAAUAUUUCUUUUGAAUGAAACAGAUUUUAUAUGAAACCAACAGCUCAUAAUUAAAAAACUUCUUAAAUACAUAUAUAGGAACCAUUUCCGGUUGUCAUAGUUCAGAUAUGGUAAUUAUCAUAAGCAUUUUGUAGAACAAAGUAUAUUUGUGUAUUUAUAUAUAGUGUGCCUGUUGCAAUGUUCUGAGUUUCUUUGAUUGGACAAAAAAAUUGUAAAAUGCUUGAAUUUCUAGACAGAGAGCGUCCACGUUAUGCAUUCAGAUCUGUUUCUAUCUUGUUAAUAUCAAACUUGAUACAUUACUUUUGAGUAAGCAAGCACAUACAUUAGACUGGUGCGCUUUUAAUUUACCUAAGCAAAUUUUAAUAACAAAGCACUGUGCAGACUUAGUGUGCAAACUACUAUUUGUUUAUUUAUGUCUUAAAUAGUAUACACACCUAAAUAAUUCUAUUUCACUGUGUUUCUUAUUACACUGGAUAAAUGUUAUGGUUAAACAAUAUCAUCAUUGGUCCUUGAACAAAAUUAAAUAUUCGUCACAUAUACAAUUCUUGAAUUUUUGAUAAUGCACAGCCUACUUAUUACAAAAGCCGAUGUGGGGGAAAUUAUGUCUGGUCAAUGUCAGAGCAAAACAUAGGGCUACAUGUAUUUUGAUUUUUAAUAAAAUCAGAACUUAAAAUCCCAUUUUGUUUUAAUGGGUAUUCACAUUCAUCAGAGGUUUGAAAAUUAUAAAUUGAGUCUUGUACGCAUAGCAUCAUCGCUCUUGUAUACGAAAGUAUUAAAUGUUAUAUAAGUGACACUUAUUUAUUUUUGUUGUACAUGUACAUUUUGUAUUCUGGUUAAAGUCGCUUGAAGAUCUUAUCUUGGUUAAAUUGACGCCAGUACUUAAAAGAAAAAAAAUUGUAUACAUCCAUAGUGCUUGUUAUUUUUCUAUUAAGUUAUAUUUGUUUGCUUUUUAUGAAAAAUUGCCGCAACAUUUAGUGAAUAUGCACCCAAUAGUUAUUCGUUAAUAUACAAUAUAUCUUGUUAAAGCUUUCAAAAAUAAAGUCAAUAAGUUCA